AUGUACCGAGGUUUGAAUGGUGGAGAAGGAAGGGAGGAGGGAAGAGAGAGAGAGAGAAGUAUUGCUUCAAGGUAUGGCUUUGUUGAGUUUGAUGAUCUGCGUGAUGCAGAUGAUGCCGUUUAUGAGCUAAACGGCAAAGACCUUUGUGGAGAGCGAGUAAUUGUUGAACAUGCCAGGGGCCCACGUCGUGACAGCAGUUAUGGUUCUGGACGCAGUGGAUAUGGUUAUAGAAGAAGUGGAAGAGAUAAGUACGGUCCUCCUACCCGUACAGAGUACAGAUUGAUUGUGGAAAAUCUGUCAAGCCGUUGCAGUUGGCAAGACCUGAAGGAUUAUAUGCGUCAGGCAGGUGAAGUGACAUAUGCAGAUGCACAUAAAGGCAGAAAAAAUGAAGGUGUGAUUGAGUUCAAAUCCUAUUCUGAUAUGAAAAGAGCCCUUGAAAAGCUGGAUGGGACAGAAGUAAAUGGCAGAAAGAUUAGGUUAGUAGAAGACAGACCUGGGUCAAGACGGCGCCGCUCCUAUUCCAGAAGUCGAAGCCAUUCGAGGUCUCGCUCUCGAAGCAGACGCUCUCGUAAGAGCAGGAGCCGCAGCGUCAGUAGCAAAAGCAGUCGCUCCAAGAGUAGAUCAAGAUCCAGGUCUGUGUCCCGUUCCAGAAGCAAGAGCCGUAGUCGAAGCAAGAGCCGUAGCAGAGGUCAAAAGGACAAAAGCAGGAGUCCAAGCAAAGAUGAUAAAAGUAGGAGCCGCAGCCGGAGCGCAGAGAAAACCCGGAAUAAAAGUAAAGACAAAGCAGAGAGUGCUGUUCACAACAACGAUGAGAAAGCAAAGAGCAGGAGCCCCAGCAAGGAAAAGAGUAAGAGCAAAAGUAGGAGCAGGAGUGGGAGCAAAGAGAGAACAGAGGAAGAGGAGAGGACAAGCAUGAGGAAGAGUAGGAGUAAGGAGAAGAGUAGGAGUAAAGAGAGGGAGAAGAGCAUCAGUAAGGCUAGAAGCAGGAGCAAAAGCAAGAGCAGAGAUGAGAGCAGGAGCAGGAGUCGUAGCAGGAGUAAGGACAAGAGGAAAGGAAGGAAGAGGAGCAGAGACGACAGCAGGAGUAGAAGCAGGAGCCGCAGCAAAAGCGAGAGGAGCAAAAGGCACAGCAAGCGAGACAGCAAAUCUAGUAGCAAGAAGAAAAAGAAGGAAGACCAUGAGCGGUCCAGGUCUAGAUCCAGAUCGGAGUCCAAGGACAAGGAGCAUCUAAAACCAGAAUCUGACAAAAAGGAGGUAAAAAGCGAGAGUGAGGACAUGCACGCAAGUCGUGAAUCUCGGUCCAGGUCUCGGUCAAAUUCUAAGUCUAAACUAAAUGUCAAAUCAGAAUCUCGCUCCAGAUCAAAAUCUAUUUCCAAAACCAGGUCCCGGUCCAAGUCUAGAUCUAGGUCUCCCUCUAGAUCACCCUCCCGAUCUAGAUCAAGAUCUCGCUCAAGGUCCUAAGUUUGCUGCAACCACACCUGGAACUAUAUGAGACGUCUUUUGUACAUGUUUGGUAGUUGUAGCACAAGUGAUUGAAGUAGAACACAUGUCAAUGCUGUACAUUUUUAACUAUCCUAAUGGUGUGUCUAUAAUUGUUUAAUACAGUGCUCCCUCUCUGUAAUGCUUUCUGGUGCAAGGCUAAGCAGCUCAUUUGCUAUCCUGUAGAAAGAUUCCCCCUUUAUAACACCAUUCUUCCUAGACCACCAAAAUUGCCUUGUUUUCCAAGAACAGCCUUACAGAGAAGCUGCACUGUACUUCGAUUGGUUGAUGAGGUUGGAAUGAUGACUGAUAGGUAGGUAUGGUGACUUCAGCAAUCUUUGCCCUUGAUUUGGUGCCCUUUGAUGUUUGCCAUUUAGUGAAAGUGCUAAGUCUUAAGUUUCAUACUACUUUUUGUUUCAUAUUUUUGGACUUACAGAGGUGUGAAUAGCACAGUCAGGAAAAUAGAUACCUUCAGUAAUCCAUGGGGGUGGGGGAAAGUAGAGUUCCAUAUUCUGGUAUUGUGACAAUAUCCUUGUUUUAUAUUAAAUUUUUUUUAUUUUAUUUUUUUUCCCCCGUCUUGCAAAGUAAAGUGAUCCCUGUUUCCAUAAAAUUUGAAUAAAGACUAUUUUUGCUUGACAACA